UUAGCAUUAGCUCAGAUUGACAUUAAGCUAGCGGGGGGGAACUCUCCUGGUGUGUUUACGGCAGCCACACGGAAGAGAAGAGGAAAAGGCAGAAAUGGAGAUAAAUUUCUCUUUUUGACCAUUAGAGGGAUGUCUACAUCCAUUUCCAUGGGAACCUCUCGGGAAGUAAACAGAAGUUGUUUGUUGCGCUUGACGAAAAGCCCACAGGUAUCAGUUCUGGAUUUCUGACCAUGGAGAGGAUAAGUCUCGAUAAAUCAGCUUUAGAAGCGGUGGAUGAGUACUGCGAGUACAGAAGGAUUGUGGGUGAUGAUGAUGGAGGAAGGCUGAUGAGCCCAGAGCAGUAUGAGGAGUACAAGAGGACGGUCGUCCCUCGACGCAUGAAGAACAGGCUGUAUGUGAGCUUUGGGAUGCCUGAUGGUAUCGACUGCAAACUGAUUGGUCCAGAGACUCAGUGCUUCUGCUCACAUAGGUACAAGCAACAUAAGACAGAGUUUGAGGUGGUCCCCUCCGAGCGGCCCCUGGCCCUACCGUGUCAGGUGAGGGGAUGUCGCUGUCCUGCCUUUCAGUAUGUUCCUCAAAAUGGGCCAAACCCUGUCCGCUGCAGGUGUAAGCACUUACCUCAGGACCACAGGGAAGCCAUGGGACACGUGUGCAAGAAGUGCAGUUCCUGUUCUGGGUUCCAGUGCACCUUCAUCUGUGGGUGCGGUCAGCCCAGCUCUGCCCACCAGACCCUGGUUGAGACAAAAUCUGAGAGGGAGGCGCGGGGUCGGCCUGUGGGCAGGGAUGUCCCGUAUGCUGCCAUGGGGGGGCUGACGGGGUUCAGCUCCCUACUGGACGGCUACCUCGAACUGGAGGCCUGUGGCUCAGAUCAACACACAGAAGACAGCAGUCCGCAGACAAGCUCAGCAUCAAGGGUUAACCAACCAUGAACAAUCAAGAAGAAACACAACCAUUAGGAUGCAAACCAUAUGGGAGACGUCAUCAGUGUUGGACUUAGUGUUGUUUGUGUUUGGUCGUGAGCCAUUUGUCCUUAAACUUGAAAUUGUCAGGUUGGCUAAAAUAUGUUGAGCAUGUGUUGUUUAGGAUAUCGACUGGCACAUAUGAAUUUUACAGUAGCUCGCACCGCUGAUACCCUUUUGCAGUUUUCUGACAGUUCCUCAUCUCCUCAUACGUGUUCCAUAAAUUGGUCAGUUUA